AUGAUGUACCAAGGGAGAGGUGAAUAUUCUGGAAUACAGAUUUAUGAGGAGUUACAGGGUUACUCAGCCUUUAUCACAGCUGCCGAGCUCCGGAGGGUGAAGGCCUGUGAGAAUGGGAAGAUGGGUAGAUACCACGUGACAGGGGAUAGAAGGGUGUAUGAGCCAUGGGGCCCCUUGGCUGGCCCCCUAUACGCCGACCUGGGCCAACCUGAUGCCAAGCUCCACGUGCCCAGUGAGCCUGGGUCUGGGCCCACACCAGCCCAGUCACAGCAUACAGCAGCCAUUGGCUGCCCUCAGCCUGUGGGCCUGACAAUGAUCCAUUCUCUUCAGGGAGGUACUGUUCUUAUGCCACAGCCUCCAAAAGACAUCAGAACUCUCAUUGUCCACCGUUGUCACAUUUCCCACCAUCCAUAUACUCGUGUCCUAACACCACAGCCUCAGUGCUGCCUUCACCAACCUAUGCCAGCUGAGGCUGCCCUAGGUCUCUCCCCCAGCAAGAAGUGCACAUGUCAGCCCUCAGUAUAUUCCCUGUACAGUGGGCCACAGGGAAGAUUCUUGAGAGAUUUGCAGGGUCUACAACUGCUCAAUCUUCCCAUGGAUCCUCCUUCAGUUCCUCCUACUUUCAGUCCCCUUACUGAAAUCAAUGUUUUUUGUGAAUUUGUUGAUAUUUCUUUGCAGUUAGCUUCUGGAAUUUAUAAUUUUGCCUGCUCUCUGUGGAAUCACCAUACAGACACAUUCCUUCAACAAGUUUCUUCUGGGAAUGAAGCUGCAGUUCUAAGUUCAUUAGAACGAACUCUGCUGUCAUUGAAAGUGCUGCGUAAAUUAACUGUUAAUGGAUUUGUGGAACCUCAUAAGAAUAUGGAGGUGAUGGGUUUUUUACAUGGAAUAUUUGACCGUCUGAAACAAUUUCUGGAAUGCAGUAGAAGUAUAGGUACAGAUAAUGUAUGUAGAGACAGACUGGAAAAGACCAUCAUUCUUUUUACUAAAGUGCUUUUGGACUUCUUGGAUCAGCAUCCGUUUUCAUUUACUCCUCUAAUUCAGAGAUCACUGGAAUUUUCUGUAAGCUAUGUAUUUACAGAAGUUGGUGAAGGCGUUACAUUUGAGCGAUUCAUUGUUCAAUGCAUGAAUCUUAUUAAGAUGAUUGUAAAAAAUUAUGCUUAUAAGCCAUCCAAAAAUUUUGAAGACAGCAGUCCUGAAACUUUAGAAGCACAUAAGAUCAAGAUGGCAUUCUUUACAUAUCCCACUUUGACAGAGAUAUGUAGAAGAUUAGUCUCUCAUUAUUUUCUGUUAACUGAGGAAGAACUGACAAUGUGGGAAGAAGACCCAGAAGGCUUUACAGUGGAAGAAACAGGGGGAGAUUCUUGGAAAUACAGUUUGAGGCCUUGCACUGAAGUACUAUUUAUAGAUAUAUUCCAUGAAUAUAAUCAGACUCUUACUCCUGUACUUCUAGAAAUGAUGCAAACACUUCAAGGGCCCACUAAUGUGGAAGAUAUGAAUGCACUAUUAAUCAAAGAUGCUGUGUAUAAUGCUGUUGGAUUAGCAGCUUAUGAGCUGUUUGACAGUGUUGAUUUUGAUCAGUGGUUUAAAAACCAACUUCUUCCAGAAUUACAAGUCAUUCACAAUAGAUAUAAGCCAUUGCGACGCAGGGUGAUUUGGCUCAUCGGUCAGUGGAUUUCUGUGAAAUUCAAGUCUGACUUAAGACCCAUGUUAUAUGAGGCAAUUUGUAACUUGCUUCAAGAUCAAGACUUAGUGGUCCGUAUUGAAACAGCGACAACACUGAAGUUAACUGUUGAUGAUUUUGAAUUUAGAACAGAUCAGUUUCUUCCGUAUUUGGAAACCAUGUUCACACUACUUUUUCAGCUGCUGCAGCAAGUUACAGAAUGUGACACAAAGAUGCAUGUUUUGCAUGUCCUUUCCUGUGUGAUUGAAAGAGUCAAUAUACAGAUACGACCGUAUGUAGGAUGUUUGGUACAGUAUUUGCCUCUUCUUUGGAAGCAGAGCGAAGAACACAAUAUGUUGAGAUGUGCUAUUCUGACAACACUUAUUCAUCUUGUUCAGGGAUUAGGAGCAGACAGCAAGAACCUGUACCCUUUCCUGCUCCCAGUUAUCCAACUGAGUACAGAUGUUUCCCAGCCUCCACAUGUUUAUCUUCUGGAAGAUGGUUUAGAAUUAUGGUUAGUGACUUUGGAAAACAGCCCAUGUGUUACACCGGAGUUGCUUCGCAUAUUUCAGAAUAUGUCCCCCCUUCUUGAACUAAGUUCAGAAAACCUCAGAACCUGCUUUAAGAUCAUCAAUGGUUAUAUCUUUUUAUCAUCAACAGAAUUUCUACAGACAUACGCAGUAGGUCUAUGUCAAUCCUUUUGUGAGCUGCUAAAGGAAAUUACUACUGAAGGUCAAGUUCAAGUGCUCAAGGUUGUGGAAAACGCCCUUAAAGUGAACCCAGUAUUAGGCCCACAAAUGUUUCAACCAAUUCUACCCUGUGUUUUCAGAGGUAUUAUAGAAGGAGAGAGGUAUCCUGUCGUGAUGUCAACAUAUCUUGGAGUUAUGGGUCGAGUCCUGCUACAAAAUACUAGUUUUUUUUCUUCGCUUCUUAAUGAGAUGGCACAUAAAUUUAAUCAAGAGAUGGAUCAGCUUUUGGGAAAUAUGAUUGAAAUGUGGGUUGAUCGAAUGGACAACAUUACGCAGCCUGAAAGAAGAAAACUUUCAGCUUUGGCUUUGCUUUCUCUUCUGCCAUCUGAUAAUAGUGUCAUCCAAGAUAAAUUCUGUGGGAUUAUAAACAUCUCAGUGGAAGGCUUACAUGAUGUCAUGACAGAAGAUCCUGAAACAGGAACUUACAAAGACUGUAUGUUAAUGUCUCAUCUUGAAGAACCAAAAGUAACAGAAGAUGAAGAACCACCCACAGAACAGGAUAAGAGAAAAAAAAUGCUGGCUCUGAAGGACCCGGUGCACACAGUGUCGCUGCAGCAGUUUAUCUACGAGAAGCUGAAGGCACAGCAGGAGCUCCUGGGAGAGCAAGGCUUCCAGUCCCUCAUGGAGACCGUGGACACGGAGAUCGUCACCCAGCUGCAGGAGUUUUUGCAGGGCUUCUGAGAGCAAGUGGCGUGUGGCUGCCUCCCCUUUCUGAAACAAGCCAAGGACCCCAGCCUGCCAUUGGUGUGUGCCAGCCUGCUGAGAGGAUGAAGAACUCCCUCGUGUAUGCCUAUAAAGAAGUGAAGACCAUACAUUUUUACUACCAAAAUGAGUGAAUAAAUGUAAAUCCCGCACAACUAAAAUCACAAA